UUCCGACUGACAAACGACAGAAAAUGUAAAAAUCACGACAUGGCGGGUUUUCGGGCAACAGACAAGUCUUUAUUCCCGAUAAACAGCAUAACAACGGUGGUGCAACUGUUCAAAAACCAAUUGGAGAACUCACCAGAACCGGACCUCGCUCUGCUCUCGAUAGUCGCGGGCGUCAUCGAGAACUCGCUCACCGACCGCUCGCAUCCCAAUUUGCAGAUAUGCGAGCCAAUCGACCACAACAGUUUACCCACGUUGGAAUUGGACACGAUUUUGACGUUGUACAACAAGUUUCACACCAUCAUCAAGAACGCCAUCGAGGUGAACAAGCACAAGAAGUCUGCGAACAGGGAGCUGGUCAAGAAGGUGUCCGAUGUGAUUUGGAACAGCCUCACCAGGAGUUACUACAAAGACAGGGCGCAUUUGCAAAGUCUCUACAGCUAUUUGACGGGUAGUAAAUUGGACUGUUUUGGCGUUGCGUUCGCAGUGGUGGCCGGUUGUCAGGCUCUGGGUUACAGUGAUGUGCACCUCGCGUUAUCUGAAGAUCAUGCUUGGGUCGUGUUCGGGGAAAACGGUACGGAAACCGCCGAAGUUACAUGGCACGGCAAAGGCAACGAGGACAAAAGGGGCCAAGAAAUUGGCAAAGGGGUGUCAGCCAGAUCUUGGCUUUAUGUCAACAACAAACCAGUGAUUUGUACCAGAGAAAUGGAGGUGGCUGCUCUCGUUUCAGCAAUAAAUCCAUCUUUGAAUGCCACACAUGAAGCUUUUGAAGUCUCUGAGGUGCAGCAGGAGCUGCUGUGGUUGUUGUAUGAUUUGGGGCACUUGAAGAAGUAUCCAAUGGCUCUUGGUAACUUGGGGGAUUUGGAGGAGUUGUCGCCGAAAAAGGGGAGAGUGCCGUGUCAAGUUUUGUUUGAGGAGGCCAUCAAAUCAGCGCGGAUGUUCUACAACAAUCAACAUGUUUAUCCAUACACUUAUCAGGGAGGUUAUUUUUACCGCCACAAAAUGUAUCAGGAAGCAUUUGAAAGCUGGGCAAAUGCCAGUGAUGUUAUAAGAUUAUAUAAUUACUCAAGGGAUGAUGAAGAGAUUUACAAGGAGUUCCUGGAGAUUGCAAAUGAAUUAAUACCGCACAUUAUGAAGGUGGAGAGUUCCGGCUUUAGCGCCAACACAAUUUUAAAGAAGCCUGAAUGUUUCGCACAUCUGUUACGAUUUUAUGACGGGAUAUGCCAAUGGGAGGAAGGCAGUGCCACUCCAGUUUUACAUAUUGGAUGGGCAAAGCCACUUGUCAACACCAUAUCGAAAUUCGACGCAGAAGUCAGAGCACAAGUCAACAUCGUGUGCGACAACGUGGAGGAAAUUAAAAAGAACGGCGGUUUCUUCAACAAUAACAACAACAACUACGAGAAGGAAAACGGCGGAAACGACAGCACCGGUUUACAAAAAGAUGACAAGGAGACCGUUAAUUUCCAUCCGACUUUGGAGGCUCUAACUGCGGCCUGUUCCGAAAAGAUUUUAAAUCCGGAGUUUUUAUUACAAGGAGACGGUUCACCAUUCGUAGGUGGGGACGAAUCGUCCCCCACUAAAUCAGAUGACCAAGACAAGACUAACGGUAAACCGAGCACGUCCAAAGACGAGGAACGACAGCCGACUCCACCGCCGGAGGAAACACGCCGACCCACAGUCACACUGCACAGCCAAAAGAUGAAGGAGUUGAAAGAUCUUUUGUUGGCCGAAAAGCUCAACACGCACGCUAUAUCGUUGCACCUCACUGCGCAGUCGCAGGUCCAAAUAGGCAAGAAGACCCGAGGCGAAGGGGACUCAGGCGGUGGAACGCAGAGGCCCAAACGGGCACGUAGGGAGUAAGUAAAGAGUUACGAGGUAUAAAUUCGGUGAAAUAUUUUGCAGGUCUGAUGCAAAUUAGUACGGUUUAUGCAUUAUUUACAUAGAUUAUGUAUUAGUUACUUGAAUUGUUUAAUUGUGUGGUGAGAUAAACGCACAUUUAUGUUUGUCUUUUAUUUUAAAUAUUGAAAGGAGUCAAGCAGAAAAGUAUAUUUAUAUCACCACACAAUCAAACAAUGGAUUUAAAUGUUUUGAAAUAUUCUGUUUCAUUGAUUUCAGUACAAUUUAUAAUAUUUGACCAAAUUUUUCAAAAUUUAUUUGAAUAACAAAUGUUUUAAUAUUAAAAAUUCCAAAAGAGAAGUAUUACAACUAAGUUAAAUGAUUAAAAUUCUUUGCGUAUCGUACUUUUUUCCAAACAUCAUCAAUUUAAUCCAUAUGUGUGUACUAAACAUAAUUUAUACGAAUCGAUUUGAACGACAAACAAUUGUUUGUCUCUUGUAAAUAUUUCGUAACAAUUUCGUUUCCCGUUCAAAUCGAAUCAGAUGCCGUAAAAAAAGCAAUCCGAAAGAGAUAAACCUAGUACAACAUCACCAGAGUACAAUCUAUGUAUUAUGUGUAAUUUUCACCAGUUUAUAUUGAUUAUUACAUUAAUAGGGUACUUAACGAACCAGUUUUCACAACGGUUAGCAAAGUGUAGUAAUGCUGGGCAUUAUGAGUAUAGAGAUAUGCAAUAUAUUAUUUUGUUUACAUUAUUAUUUUGCUCGAUUGGCACGUGAGACUGGCUCUAAGGAAUUCGAUUGAUCCCACUUAUUUUGUGAUUGUCGAAUUCGUCGAAUGUGAUGAUGAAUUGAGGACGUAUGACAAUUUUUUACAAAAAAAAAGUAUUUAUUGUAUCCUUGCCAUUUUAUUUGUUGAAGGUAUUGAUUGAAUUAAAACCAGUACAUGAACACGUGCAAACAGUAUUAUGUUUUUAUUAAUAUUAUUAUUAUUAUUUAAAGGAACUGAUAUAUCUAUAAUAUCUUGUUAAUAUUUAUUUAUGUCCCACUUUUCUACAAACGUAAACUAAUUAAUUAAUUAAGUCUUAAUUAUGAUUAGUGUAACGCACCUCCGCUUAAUUGAAAAACGCUUAUAUAUUGUUGCACAUCCAUCGGUCAAAGCACAUCUUUGCUUUUGGAUUUAACAUUAGCCGUUAGUUGCAUAUACAAACGACAACAUUCCACUUGUGAUUAGAUCACCUAGUGUUUUAUUAUUUUGUUGAUGCAUCCGGAUGCAUGUAAAUGUUGCGCGGUCGACUCCGUCCGUCCUUGCGGCCGGUGACUCUUGAAUCGUCUUUUCUUCUGUGCUAGUCCUUCUACCCGCUUACCUGAAUCUGUUCCGGCGUUGGGGGACGGGUCGUUCUGCGCGUUGUGCUAUUUAUUAUGUAUUUUAUUAAAUGUUAAUAUUAAGGUUUUAAAAAACGGGAUCCUCAUGUGAGUCCAGUGAUUUUAGUUUAGUAUUUAGUGAUAGUGAUUGUAAAAGAUAACGCUGUAACAUGAUUUCUACGCAAUACUAUUUAAGGCCUUCGCACUAUCCGAACAAGUAUUUUUACCUUACCGGUGACUAAUUGUGAUUUGUGUUUGCUUUUUACACUCUUGGGUAGAAACGUGUGCAAAUAAUCAAAAUAGCCGAACACAAUAUUCCGACUGUGAAAUAAUAUUGUACGUACUCGUGUUGCAAUCAAUCAAAAGAGGUACCUGCAAUAUUAUUUAAAGCAAGUGUUAAGUUUUCCAAUUUUACUGAAAUUUAGUUCGACAAUGUUGAAACGUGUGGCUCCACUUUGUUAUACUUAUAGGAUUUAUUUGUGACACAUGCCGAUACAAUAAUGACAGGGAGGUUUGAUGUGUGCUCUACAAUAUUGAAGUUUGCCAAAAUUUUGAUCUGAUGUUGGAAUUAUUUUGAUAUUAACUAACCAGUAUGAUUAAGUUUAAUUGUAAACGGAGGUACACUGGAAUCAUUUUUUGUUGUAUGAAAUUUGUAUAUUUUGUCGAGGUUUUUUGUAUAUUUUCCCAGUGAUACUUCUAAUAUUUUCUGGAAUUUCAGGUCUAGUUAUAAGCAUUUUAGUACAUAAAUAUUUAAUUGAAGAACAAUAUUAUGUACCACAGAAGAAAAAAAUUAAAUUAUUGUAGUCUGUGAUGAUAUAAAGGGUGACUAAUGUAUUUAUUGAGUAACGUAUUUGUAGAAAUAGAGAAUAUUAUUAAUACAUGUAUUUUUCUAACCGAAAAUAAAUUUUAUCAGAUAAUCUUCCAUUUUGUUUGUUAAAUGUUGAAUUUGUAACGGAGUUUAACAGUCAUGUUUGGAUAAAUUGUCUAAGUAUUGUUAUAUUUCAGUAGGUUUCAUUAAAAUAUGAACAAAUGUACAACCAACAGUUUUAUAGGAUAAUUCUGAUGAUUUGUGUAAUCUAUAGAUCAAUCAUGUCAUUUUUGCCCACAAAUAUACUAAUAAAUCUGAUGCAUACAAA